AUGUUGUAUUUAAUUGGAUUGGGGCUUUCCUAUUCCUCAGAUAUUACUGUUCGUGGUCUUGAAAUCGUUAAAAAAUGCUCUAGGGUGUACUUGGAGCACUAUACCAGUAUCUUAAUGGCGGCAUCGCAGACAGAGCUGGAGGAAUUUUACGGGAAGAAAAUUGUGAUGGCGGAUCGUGAAAUGGUUGAGACUGGUUUACAAGAGAUUUUGAGGGAUAGCGACAAGGAAGAUGUCGCAUUUCUUGUCGUGGGUGAUCCUUUUGGGGCAACGACCCAUACCGAUCUCGUUCUAAGAGCGCGGCAACAGAAAAUUGACGUUGAGAUCGUGCAUAACGCUUCUGUCAUGAACGCUGUCGGAAGCUGUGGUUUGCAGCUCUACAACUUCGGCCAAACUGUCUCGAUGGUUUUUUUCACCGACAAUUGGAGACCUGAUUCGUGGUACGACAAGAUUUGGGAAAACCGUAAAAUCGGUUUGCAUACGCUUGUUUUGCUGGAUAUCAAGGUUAAAGAGCAAAGUAUAGAGAAUAUGGCGCGCGGCAGACUCAUUUACGAGCCACCCCGUUACAUGUCGAUUGCGCAAUGUUGUGAACAGUUGCUGGAAAUCGAAGAAGGACGUCAAAGCAGUGCCUACACUCCAGAAACCCCAGCUGUGGCUAUCAGCCGUCUAGGAGCUCCUACACAGACGUUUAAGUCUGGCACCAUAGAAGAGUUAGCAGAUUACGAUUCGGGCGAGCCUCUCCAUUCGCUAGUCAUUCUGGGUAGACAAUGCCACGAACUCGAACUGGAGUAUUUACUACAGUUUGCGACCGAUCCACAAAAUUUCAAGCUAAAAGUGGCCAAGGAUCAAGAAUAUUUCAAGCCUGAACCAUGGCGACCACCUACACAGGACAACUAG